ACAGGCCCUGAAAUUAAAGACUUAAAAAUUAUUCCUUUUUCGAUAAGAAGGUCUAUAGUCUGAGAAACAACAGUUGCUGAGUGAAUGCGUAUUUAAUGGAUUGGUUAGUAUGACUUAUGGCAGAAACGGAACCAAGACAAAACAAUUUAAAACAUCAUUGGACAUAUUUAUUGUUCAUCAUCUCUCCACAUAGACCCCACCCUCCUUCAUUAUCUCCUUAACCCAAAUCACUUCCUAUCAGAGGACCACUUCAAAAUUCCUAUGAAAUUAUUUCCAGGGUUCGCCACCCCGGCACCCCAGCCAGCUACCAUCCUCCGCGCCUCUCGGCCCAAUAGAUCUCACCAAAAUGCCAUCUCGGAGCACUCCGUGGAAACCAUGAUGUUCACGUUUCACAAAUUUGCCGGGGAUAAAGGCUACUUAACAAAGGAGGACCUUAGAGUGCUCAUGGAGAAGGAGUUCCCGGGAUUUUUGGAAAAUCAAAAAGACCCUCUGGCCUUAGACAAAAUAAUGAAGGAACUGGACCAGUGCCGAGAUGGCAAAGUGGGCUUCCAGAGCUUCUUUUCCCUAAUUGUGGGCCUCACCAUUGCAUGCAACGACUAUUUUGUAGUACACGUGAAGCAGAAGGGAAAGAAGUAGGCAGAAUCGAGCAAUUACUCUGCCCUGAAAAGUGUUCUCUCAAAGGACUGCUUCAAACAUCUGCCCCACAGCUUCUCCCUACAUAAGGAUUUCAUGAGCAGAUCAGGAUCCUUAGAAUAUAUACAAAUAAAAUCCAACUCCCAUUUGUCAAGCAGAGAAGAAAAAGUUAAUUAAAUGCCAGAUGAGCUUUUGUUUUUUACAUUGUUUGCAUCCGCUUGCCCUCAAUAAACAUAA